GCAUUAUUUUUUCCCCCACUACAGUAUGGUUUCAAAACAAACAAAAGCAGAAUUUCACUCAAUUUUUAAACAUAAAAUUUAGUUUUGAAAAUAUAAUUUCUUAUAAAGAUUGGAAAUUUUAUUAUUUAUCUUCAUGGACCACUGAUCAUGGCAACACAUCGUUUCUCUCACUGGUUCUAUGUUUACAUACAAAGAAAUUUGACGAACGAUUGUUUGUUUUUGAUUUCUUUGGAUACUUUUAAUCAUAUCUUUUGAUUAAUUUGUAAAUAGAACUUUUUAAGAACAAAAAUUAGGUGCAGCGUUGUUAAAAAUAGCCUGCAUCAAAAUGGAGGAUGAAUAUAUUGUUGAAGAAUAUAGCGAUGAAGACUAUGAUUCGUCAAGUUCAGAUGACGAUGUGCAAAUUUUCUUAAAAAAGGAAUGUGGGCUUUUACAAGUAGAAGAUGACUUUGAAACGGAAGUAGAUCAAGUCAUGACAGCACAUUUGCAGAAACUCAAAGGCUGUGAGGAGGAAACGCCUGUAAGUGAUUCUGCCUUGAUUUCAAAAAACGACUCAGAAAAAUCAGAUGCACAGGCUAAACAAGAUAAAAUAAAUGAUGAGCUUUUUUAUGAUCCUGAUAUGGACGAUGAAGAUGAAAAAUGGAUUAAUGAAAAAAGGCGUUCAUAUAUAUAUCCAUCUUCUUCUUCAAAUAAAAAUAAUAUUGAGAAUAAAAAACUAAAACCUCUUCCCAACAGUGAUGCAGUACUUAAUUGCCCUGCUUGUUUAUCCUUAUUAUGCUUGGAUUGCCAAAGGCAUGAUGUUUAUAAGAGUCAGUACAGAGCGAUGUUUGUUAGUAAUUGUACAGUAGUUGAAACUGAAACACUUGCAUAUUCAAAUAAAAAGAAAUUUAAAAAGAAAAAGGAACAUUCUGCAUCCAGUAAUGAAAAGGAAAUUUUUAAUCCUGUUCGCUGUACAGUUUGUAACACAGAGGUAGCAGUUUAUGAUAAAGAUGAAAUAUAUCAUUUCUUCAAUGUCUUAGCAAGUUACUGAAAGCAUUCUAUAUAAAUUAAAAAUCUGUAUAAUUAAUUAGUUUCUGGUUUUUGAAUGAAAUCAGAAUAAUAAUAAAAGAAUGUUUGAUUUUA